GAUAAAUAUGGUUUUAAGGAAUGCCGGUUUCAUUGGUAGGCGCUGCGCAUGUCCAGCUACUAUAUAUAAAGGAAAAAAUCAUUCCCAAAUCAUCAGUUCGAGAGUCAGCUAGCUCUUAACAACAACGCACACCAUGAACUCAAUGAUUGUCCUCGCUUUUGUAGCAGCUUUGGCUACUGUUUCCCUUGGAGGAAUAAUCAAAGAUUACCAUCAUGGAUAUGACAGCUAUGGUCACCAUGAAGAUGUAUUCCCCGGACAUCAUCAUAAAGUUAUUUACCCAGUAGUCAAACAUGUUCCAGUUGUCAAGAAGGUCUCUGUUGUCAAACAUGUUCCAGUUGUCAAGCAUGUACCUGUGGUAAAACAUGUUGCCGUUGUAAAACACGUUCCAGUGGUUAAACAUGUCGAUGUCGUGAAGAAGGUCCCAGUUGUGAAGCACGUCACCCUUGAUUUGGGACACCAUUACGAUGAUCAUGGUCUUAACCUCCAUGGACACCAUGGAUACAGCAGUCUUGGACAUGGCAGUCUUGGACACAGCAGCUAUGGACUCAGCAGUCUUGGACACAGCUUUGAUUUGUAUGAUCAUGGUCAUGGUCAUGGAAAUUAUUUGAAAUCUUUGGGACAUUAUUAAGUAAAUCUCUUUCAUAGAUGAGCUUCACAAUAGUCCUGUGUUUGUUAAACAACAUUUGCUAGAUUUUUGGCACUGACCUCAUUCCAUCUAUUUUGUAAAAUUGAAUAUAGUUAUCUUUCCUUUCAUUUUUUUUUCGAACAAACCAUUUUGUAAAUGAUUCUACAAAUGUAAAAAAGUACUUUCUUGUUUAAAAUGUAAAUAUUGCAAAUGUGAAU